AAGAUGUCAGAGAUUUCCUGAUGAAUAUUGGAUAAGUUUUCUGAAUACAGGCACCGACAACAUGAACGGACACCCAGAUAGCAAUGAGGGCACCCCCCGUAAAACUCAUCUGCAGAGCUUGCCCUCUGACUACAGCGAUGUCCAGCCAUCAACCUAUGACCCAGAGUUUAUAUCAGAUAUAAGUAAUAAGAUGCAGGUGCCCCAUAAACUUGGCCCUAUUAAGGAUGAAGUUGGUGACACCCAUGGAUUCCAGUCAACCGCCACUGAUGUCAGUGCCCACCAUAUGACAGUUCCUGACAGGAUCUUACUUGCAGGUGAAGGCCAACACAUUGGCGCUAAGGAGAAUCUUCGACUGUUUGAUAUGGAUAACCUCCCUUCACCCCAGACAGUACCAUAUGUUGGGAUGAUGACCCCGCCACGAACUUUGACCCUUGAGGAACAGGGAUUUCCAGCAAUGGAUAUAAAAGAGGAGGAACCAAAACAAGAACUAACUACAAACAAAGUACAACAGUCACAGUUCAACGGGUCAGCAGUUCAACUGGAGCCUUACACACCGGGUGCCUCUAUGAACGACUCGUUGCUGCUGAAUGAAGAAGAUGAGACAACUCUUUUAAAGAAGCAAGUUGCAAAACUCACACGAAAGGUUACACACCUAGAAGAAGAAAACAUUCGUAGGUCAUAUUAUGAUAGAAUUGUGUAUAUUUUGGUGUUUGGCCAAAUUAUAUGGAAAUUUGGUUCCAAGUUCUUUUCCCUGGUGCGACCAGGGCGUUACUAGGAUGUGAAGACACUUUAUAUGGUUAUGUGUACACGUUCCUUGACGGUGAUUAACGAUUUCGUUUAUUUUGUCUGAGUGAAACUUAAAAUAACAACUUUUUUGCUGGAGAAUGCUGAGACUCCAGCACAUUGUGGACAAUGGAUUUCAGCAUACAUUACAGAAAAAUCCAUCUUUUUUAAGUGGAUGUUCCAGCAGUAUAAACACUGUGACGUUUGGUUUAAUUAACAUUGAAGCUGAGGGAUCUUAACAAUGAAUGCACAUUUGAUAUCAGGACGGACUGGAGAUUUGAUUUAGACUUAGUCAUCUAGCUUAUGGGACCUGAAAACUUGAUCAUAUUUGUCUGUUGUGUAAAAAAUGUCUGAGAUAUAUAAAAACAACUACUGUAUGUAUUCAGCAAUAAGCCUAUGUCUGAAAAUAAGCCCCAUUGUGUCCUCUUUAAACCCACCCCCAGACUUUGAUUAAGAGGUAAGGUGUCAGCCCCAUGGUGUCCUGUAAUAAGCCCACCCCCAGACUUUGAUUAAGAGGUAAGAUAUCAGCCCCUUUGUGUCCUGUAAUAAGCCCGCCCCCAGACUUUGAUUAAGAGGUAACAUGUCAGCCCCAUGGUGUCCUGUAUUAAGCCCAUCCCUAGACUUUGAUUAAGAGGUAACAUGUCAGCCCAAUGGUGUCCUGUAUUAAGCCCAUCCCUAGACUUUGAUUAAGAGGUAACAUGUCAGCCCCUAUGUGUCCUGUAAUAAACCCACCCCCAGACUUUGAUUAAGAGGUAACAUGUCAGCCCAAUGGUAUCCUGUAAUAAACCCACCCCAAGA